GAGGAGCAGAGCCAAAGGAUAACAUGGUAUUUACACACAAAAAACCCAAGAUAUACUGCAAUUUCACUUAUUUUCUUUCAUGGAAACAUGUUUCCAACCGAGUUAAUUAUAUUUGAAUAGAAAAACGAUCACUGUCUUAAAUACAUAGUUCUUAAAGUUGUAUAUUUUUCAUGAGUUUAGGUGAUUAAAAUAUUUAUUUGCUAUAUUAUAAAAUAGUAAUUUUUGUUCGGAAUGUUGAAAUGGCCACGUAAUUAUGAUGUAUUAUUAAGUUGUAUUUAUUAAGUUGUAUUAUUGGUUAUUAAGGUUACAACGCCUUGUAACUUGUUUCUACACCAAUGCGAUAAGUGCCUGAGCUUUUCGUCAUCGUAUUUUCUUUGUUGUGAUUCGACAGAUUAUUGUUGCCGAUGUCGGAACCCGGAAGUACUGCUAACCUUGACAAGCCACAUAGCCAACACAAACCGAGAAACACGUAAGGAAAGAAAUAAUAACAUGUAGUGUCAAAAAAUAUCACCGGAAAUGUGUCAAUGGUUUUGACAGCUGACAUUCAGCCAUUUUUGUCAAUUAUUUUUUUUAAAUUUUACACGCGGUAAGUGAAUCAUUAUAGACAGCAGCAUGGACAGUUAGCGUCACUGUCACUUUUCAGUCACAUAGAGUAAGCGCCGCCUACUGUCCAGCUAUGAGGUUUCUUUCGGUUCUGGUCACCAGACGGUUUACGGCGAUAAACGGCCAGAACGUACAAAGUGUGUCGUCAAUACGUAGAUGCCGUGAGUUCUCUGUGUUCUCUCAACUGUGUAAAAAUGACGACGCUGUCAAUAGUGACGAAGGAGGACGUUUCUACGUCACAACUCCAAUCUUCUACGUCAACGCUUCUCCUCACCUGGGUCACCUGUACUCGGCUGUAAUAGCAGACUGUCUCCACAGGUUUAAACUGCUGCAGGGCUUCCACUCCAGGUUUGCAACAGGCACAGAUGAACACGGUCUAAAAAUCCAGCAGGCUGCUGAAGCAGCGGGAGCAGAUCCUCAGAGCUUCUGUACUGAGGUCUCAGAGAGAUUCAAAGGACUGUUCGAUAGCUGUGACAUUUCCUACACAGAUUUCAUCAGAACCACAGAGCAGAGACACAAACGGGUGGUGGAACACUUCUGGUCUCUGCUGUGGAACAAAGGGUUGAUCUACAGAGGGAACUAUGAAGGAUGGUACUCAACUCAAGACGAGAGCUUCCUCACAGAAACGCAGGUGGUGGAUGCUGUGGACUCCCAGGGAAAUAAAAUCAAGGUUUCAGUGGAGAGUGGACACAAGGUGGAGUGGAUGAAGGAGGAGAACUACAUGUUCCGUCUGUCUGUGUUCCGUCCUCAGCUCCUGGACUGGCUCAGAGAAGAUCCUGCUGUUGUUCAGCCUGAAUGUUUCCACCAACACGUGCUCAAAUGGCUGCAGCAGGAUCUUCCCGAUCUGUCUGUGUCUCGUCACAGAAGUCGCCUGCAGUGGGGCGUGUCUGUUCCCAACGAUCCCGAUCAGACCAUCUAUGUGUGGUUGGAUGCUUUGCUCAAUUACCUCACCGUGGCUGGAUUCCCAGACUCCCACCAGGGUUGGUGGAAUGUCGUCCACCACAUCGUAGGAAAGGACAUCAUAAAAUUUCACGCCAUAUACUGGCCGGCGUUUCUCUUGGCAGCUGGACUUCCACUUCCCAAGAGGCUUUACGUUCAUUCUCACUGGACAGCGGAAGGGAAGAAGAUGUCCAAAAGUUUGGGCAAUGUUGUGGACCCCCUCCAGUCCUCGCAGGUGUUCACCACAGACGGUUUGAGAUACUUCCUCUUGCGUCAAGGUGUUCCAGACUCUGAUUGUGACUACUACGAACACAAGGUGACCAAGCUGCUGAAUGCAGAGCUGGCAGACUCUCUGGGUGGUCUCCUCAACCGCUGCACAGCUGCAGGGCUAAACCCAGAUCAGGUCUACCCUCCUUUCUGUCCAGAGUUCUUCUCCAGAGAUGGAGGCAGAGCGGUUGACGAGGACUACCAGAUGUUGGACUCUGUGAAGAACCUCCCUGUUGUGAUGGAGCAGCACUUCAGGAGCAUGAACAUCUACAAAGCUUUGGAGAAUAUUGCCGCUUGUGUCAGACAGACCAACGGUUUUGUACAACGCCAUGCCCCCUGGAAGCUGGACAAAAGGAAGAGUGAAGAACGGCAGUGGUUGGACACAAUCGUCCAUGUCUCCCUGGAGUGUCUGAGAAUUUAUGGAAUCCUCCUGCAGCCUGUGGUGCCGCAGAUUUCUGACAAACUCCUAUCAAGACUCGGCGUUCGGUCCGAAGAAAGGAAAUGGGUGAAUCUGAAUUUCCUGCCAAAAUACUAUGGAAUGGAGUGUCCGCUGACUGGAAGACCACUGGGACAGAACUCUGGUGUUCUGUUCAGUCGGUUAGAAACUGAGAACAUACACAAAGACAAACCGAACCAAACCAAAAAAGGACAGAAAAAAUAACAUUGUUUUAGGAUUUUCCUGUUACAGAAAGGCAUGUUGUUAGUACUUUUGUGAAGACUUUAGUUGAUCUUCUGAAAUCAGGAUCCAGGUACUUCAGUGAACUUCUGGCCAAUGGAACAGAAAAUUAGGUAAAAAACAAGCUACCGUAUUUUCCGGACUAUAGAGCUCAGCUGAAUAUAAGCCGCACCCACUUAGUUUAAAAAAAAUAAAAAUAAAUUUACAUACUAAAGCUGCACCGGACUAUAAGCCGCCGAUAUCCAGGUACCCAAAAACUAACGUGUUCUUUGCACUGACUGCACUUCCUGCUAGAACGCCCCCUGGUGGCUGAAGAAAAAUCCAUAGAAAAGCUGCAUCUUUGUAUAAUCCGCAUGGUUCAAAGCGUGGGGAAAAAAGUAGCAGUUUAUAGUCCGGAAAGUACAGUAAAUGCAACUACAGUUUUCCUUGUGCUUAAAACAGAAUUCUGCUAUUUAUAUCUGACAAACAUAAUUGACAUUUAAGCCAAGGAAUGUUUGCUAAAAUCUGACUGACUUGUAGUUAAAUCAACAAACAAAGCUAUAGGUUAGCUACAAACAUGGAAAAAAAGGUAAAAGUAAACAACGUAGUUUGUGCAAUUGGGUUUUUUUAAUCUACUAUUAGCUUACUGGGUUUGACCAACUUCUUGGGUUAAAUACUGCCAUUUAAAACAAAAAAAAUCAUGCUGGAAUUGUUGUACCAUGACAAAAAGAACCACAGUUCUUCAGAGA